CUCCCGUCGGAUUACAGCCGAGGCAGCACGCCGAGUGACGGUUACCGAGCCAUAAAACGUCGAAAUAAACCAACAUUACCAAAAGUGAGUAAAGAAAGAAAAUGGAUCAGUCUUCGCCAAACCGUCAACAAGGAGGAGCCGCCCCUCAGCAUGGUCCACCAGUGGGGGCCUUCAGGCUGGGUAAUAUUCCCAUUAAUGAGAGGGGCGUCCUCAGUGGAGCAGAAGUCCAGUAUGGGAGGCUACGCCAGCGCACACGUCUGUCCCAGUCGGAGAGCCAGAGCUCUGGGGCUGAAGAAGAGUGGUUGAGCACCUCCUUGGAGGCGAGCGGCUCCUAUGGCCAAAGCCCGGUCCUCCAGGGCACGCCGGCAGAGGGAGUCUGGUACCACCGCAGCGUAUAUGAGCAGGCCGAGAGCAACCACCAACGCCGGCUCGCCUCUAACGGCAACGGGCCGCUGUCAUCCUCUCCGAGGAGUCCAAACACCAGGGGCUACACGAGCUUCCAGUCCAGACGCCCCCGCGGUCAACAGCAGGAUCAGGGGCACCCCGUCACCACUGUGAAGGCCUCGGGUACCCCCCACCGUCAGUACAGUAGAGGCCGCAAUCGCACCUCCUCUGAGACCGAGAAGGGAAGCAAAGGCAGCAGGGGGCCGACGCAGAGGAAGAGAGGCCUCUCUGAGACGGAAAGCAGGCCCAGAUGGGACAAGUAUGGCACCGCUCACACAGCGAAUGGGAGAGACGUGAUUACCAAUAUGAGUGGACUGCAGUGCCUCGCCUCCGAGAACAUCUGGUUCGACAAACAGCGCUACGAUGAGGCCGAGAAGCGCUUCUACGAGGGAGCCAACGGACCCUCCACACAGCAGCAACAGGACACAGACGUUAAUGCCAUCCUGCAGGACAUUGCUAAGUACCGACAGAAUAUCCAGCAGUCCCUAAGCGGAGUGAAAACGGCCCUGCAACAGGCCAAAGGGCGCCCGCAGAAAAGGCAGCACAGAAACUCAUCCUCACAUGCAGGAGGAGACCAGGAGCUGGUGUCACGCAUGAAGAGCCUGGAACUGGAGAACCAGGCUCUGCACAAAGUUGUGGAGACCAUGAGAGAUGCCCUGCAGAAGCUGGAGUCCAGAGUGGCCAUGCUGGAAAAGUCCCCUGCACCAGCAGCCGUCCCAUGUGCUAAGGCUGCUCCAGUCCAAGCCGCUCCAGUCAAACAGGUGGAAAACGGUGGUGGUGAAGACGAUGAUGACGAUGACAUGGAUUUGUUUGGCAGUGACGAAGACGAUGACGAGGCAGCGCGCCUCAAGCAGGAGCGCCUGGAUGCCUACGCAGCCAAGAAGUCCAAGAAACCCGCCCUCAUCGCCAAGUCAUCCAUCCUGUUGGACGUCAAGCCCUGGGACGAUGAGACUGACAUGGCGAAGCUGGAGGAGUGCGUGCGCUCGGUGCAGAUGGACGGGCUCCUGUGGGGAGCAUCCAAACUGGUGCCAGUUGGCUACGGCAUCAAGAAGCUGCAGAUCAACUGUGUGGUUGAAGACGACAAAGUUGGCACAGACAUCCUGGAGGAAGAGAUCACCAAGUUCGAGGACUACGUCCAGAGUGUAGAUGUCGCUGCCUUCAAUAAGAUCUAAGCUCCACCAGCUCUUAACCCGCUCCACCAAAGUGUUGCUGCUGCUCCUGGCUUCCACGUUUAUUAAAUCUUAAGUUUUGAGCACAA